AGCGACAUCUGCGGUGAACGGAGAACUGAAGCUUACUGGCGCGUUCCGUUACACUCGUGCGCCGCUACAUCGCUCAGGCUUCUUCGCAGAGGACACUACCGUUAUUACCACCGUUUAUUGUCUUAUACGAACACGUUUCGGCGCGUUGCGACGCCAUGCUUCGGCUGCUUUCUCUGCAGCGCAUCUCCUCGAAGCAGUUCACGCACGGCCCCUUCGCCACCCACUCUCGCAAACAGAGCUUCCGCGAGUCGAAAGCCUCCUUGCAAGUCAGCCGAAGGCGCGCGCAGUCGCAGCAGGCCAACUUCGAACUGCAGCAGUCAGUGAAUGAGCAAUUCGGCUCGCGCCAGCGCCGCUACGGACACGAGCGGCGCUGCAUGCAGCACGCGGCGGAGGAUCUAAUGUACGGCCGUGCCCAACGCGCAGCACGACGGGACGGCCAGGCAGGCCAGUCAUACACGACCGCGAAGGACCGGGCAGCGGAAAUGGCGACAGCACGGCAGCUGUUGCAGCUGCAGGAAAGCACGCGAAGGCUCAUGAAAAAGGGCAAGACGUCACGGACAGAGUCGUUUCGUGCGCUGAAGCGGUGGAGUCGGUGA